AUGACUCGUUUCAGCAGCGAUGACGCUUCGGUGGUGGUGGUGAUUGGAUCUGGUGCUAGCGGCGGGGUUGUGGCUAAUCAGCUCGCUCAACGGAACCGGUCUGUGGUGUGUCUUGAAGCAGGGCGACGCCUGGGUCGGGAGGAAAUCGUCACCGAUGAUGCUGAAAUGUUUGGCCGCAUCACCUGGCUGGACCAACGCAUUGGCGAGGGAAACGCUAUUCCACCGUUUCCAGUGUGGAAUUGUAAGACUGUUGGUGGCACAACGAUGCACUGGACGGGUACCAGUCUCAGAAUGCAGGCGCAUGAAUUCAAAGCCCGCUCAACUUACGGCCAGAUCGAAGGCACUUCAGUUACGGACUGGCCAAUUGAUCUGCAAGAACUCGCUCCUUAUUACGCCAUGGCCGAGGAUCAGAUGGGCGUUACUGGUACCCACGGGAUCGAACGACUGCCGGGCAACAACAACUACAAAGUGUUGGAGGCCGGUGCGCGCAAGCUUGGUUAUCAGCAGAUCAACACCAACAAUGUCGCCAUCAACUCUAGUGCGCGCAACGGCAGACCGGGCUGCCUGCAGCUCGGUUUUUGCACCAGCGGGUGCGCCAUUGGUGCCAAGUGGUCUACCUACGAGGUUGAUAUUCCCCAGGCUGAGGCUACCGGCAACUUCGAACUACGAACCGAGGCUAUGGUGACUCGAAUCGUCCAUGACACCAACGGCCGAGUCAGUGGCGUGGAGUACUUGGACGCCGCUGGGCAGCGUGUGUUUCAAGCGGCCAGCGCCGUGUGUGUGGCGGGCAAUGUCGUGGAAACGACUCGGCUGUUGUUGAAUUCAAAAAGCGAACAAUUUCCCAACGGUUUGGCCAACUCGAGCGAUCAGGUCGGCAGGAAUUACAUGCGCCACGUUAUCGCAGGUGCGGUCGGGGUGAUGCCUGGUGAAGUCAACAUGCACCGCGGUACUCAUCAGGCCGGAUUGAUUAGUGAUGAAGCCCACUUCGAUCCUGACCGUGGGUUCUUUGGCGGAAUCUUGUAUCUGACCGUGCCCUUCACCCCGGAGGUCAUCGCGAGAUUGCUCAUACCUGGUUCCUGGGGCCCGAAGGUCACGUCGAUUCUCGAUCGCUACAAGAACCUUGCGGCGAUGCUGAUUCAUGGCGAGGAUUUUCCCAGUGCGAGCAAUCGCAUCACGCUACAUCCAAACAAGAAAGACCAGUACGGCAUUCCAGUCCCGGUUGUGCACUACAAGCAUCAUCCCAACUCAAUCAAAUUACGUGACUACGCACUCAGCAAAGCCCGCGCUAUGUACCAAGCGUUAGGUGCUGCCGAGGUGCAUGACAUGAUUGAUGUGUUUCCGGCCACCCACAACAUGGGCACCGCGCGAAUGGGCACGGACCCUAACAGACCAGCGUUUGCAACCCCCGGUUGUGAGAACCCGACGCUUACCAUAGUGGCGUUGGCGCUUCGUCAAGCGCAGUACAUUGACAAACAAUUGAGCUGA